AUGUCAGAACUAGAAGCCAAGAGCUGGGACUAUACACAGAGCAACGACCAGAAAUUCUGCUACAGAUGGACGAUUAGCAACUUCUCUUUUUCCAUUAAGGAAAUGGGGGCAUAUAUUACAAGCCCAAUGUUCUCAUCAGAUGCCAAUGACAAAGUGACAUGGUGUUUGAGAGUAUACCCAAAUGGGGUUGAUGAAGAAAACAAAGGUUACCUGACACUUUACCUGAUGUUGCUCAGCUGUGAAAAGAGCCCAGUUUGGGCAAAGUUCGAUGUUUGUAUCUUAACUGUCAAGGGUGAAAAAUGCAAUAAUGCAAAGAGCCCAUGCUUCUAUAGUAUACUGCCCAACCAAGUCUUUGGAUUCCCAAAGUUCAUCCUUCGAGAUUUCCUCUUGUCUCAAACCGAAUCGCUAUUACUGAAUGACAGACUUACCCUCCUCUGCAAGGUGAGUGUGCUCCAAGACUCCUUUAGCAUUUCUGAACAUAGCAUAAGACCUGCAUUCAAGGUUUCAAGAUGCACAUUGACAGAUAACCUAGGGGAGCUGUGGGAGAAUCCCCUCUUCACAGACUGCUGCCUGUUGGUAGCUGGCCAAGAAUUCAGGGCUCACAAAGCCAUCCUAGCAGCUCGCUCUCCAGUUUUCAGAGCCAUGUUUGAACACGGAAUGGAGGAGAGCCUGAAGAACCAUGUUGAGAUCCAUGACCUGGAUCCCCAAGUCUUCAAGGAGAUAAUGGGCUUCAUCUACACGGGUAAGGCACCACAACUCCACAGCCACUCCAUGGCCACUGGUGUGCUGGCAGCUGCUGACAAGUAUGGCCUGGAGGGCUUGAAGGUCUUGUGUGAGAAGGCCCUCUGCAGGAACCUCUCUGUGGAGAAUGCUGCACACACUCUCAUCCUGGCUGACCUCCACAGCAUAGAGCAGCUGAAGACCCAGGCUCUGGAUUUCAUUAUAUUUUAUGCUUCUGAGGUCUCUGAGACCUCAGGGUGGAAGUCAAUGUUGAAGUCACAUCCCCACUUGGUGACUCAAGCAUUCCACUCUCUGGCUUCUGCACAGAAUCUUUCUGGGCCCUCUCUUUCAAACAACUUAAAUGGUCUUUAAGAUCCAU